UUCUUGGAAGCCACCUAAACCAAUGGCUGUAUUUUGACAUUUUCUCCUGUUCUUAAAACUCAACAAAAAGAUCAUAGCUUUCACUCUGCGAAGGCCUAUUGUGACGACGAUCAUCUCCUCCUUUGACCAUCGCCAUCUCCACUUAUCAUGCCGGUGGACAUCUCUGAAGGGGUUUAUCCGGCAGCGUUUCCUGCUCCUUGGACGUCAGAUCAGCAUACCCAUGUUUUUCAAUUGUCUUCUUCGAAUCUUCUCAAAGUCAAAAAAGGAGAUAUCACCAAAUGGUUCGUGGAUGGCCGCUCUGACGCUAUUGUUAAUCCGACAAAUAUAUUUAUGCUUCCAGGUGGAAUAAGCGUGGAUACAGCUAUACACAAAGCAGCCGGAACACAACUCGGAAUUGCAUGCAAUGACAUCCCUGAAGUCGAACCUGGAGUCCGUUGCCCAACUGGAGAAGCAAGAAUUACGCCGGGUUUCAAAUUGCCUGCAUCUUGCGUGAUUCACACUGUUGGCCCCGUCUAUUAUUUUGAAAGGAACCCUGUAGCCUCCCUAAGAAAUGCUUACAGGAACAGCUUGAUGGUGGCCAAAGCCAACAAUAUUGAGUACAUUGCUUUUCCUGCCAUAUCUUGUGGUAAUAACUUGUAUCCUUUAAAGAAAGCUGCAACAGUGGCUAUAUCUACAGUCAAAGAAUUUGCGAAUGACUUCAAAGAGGUGCACUUUGUUUUGUUUUUGGAUGAUGUUUACAAGGAUUGGUUGGACAAGACAAGGGAAUUGCUCCUACAUUAGCUUGGUUCAAGUAUCCACUUCUGAUUUUGUAGAAUAAAUUUUAAGUUCAAUUAUCAAAUCCGAAUACAAAUAUGCUGUUCAUUGUCAUGUUACAGUAACCUACCAUUGAACAAAAUAAACUUUUAUUUAUUUAUAUUUGGAACAAAA